AUGCUGUGUCGCCAAGCCGGAAUCGGUAUGUCGGCGUCUGUCUUCCGAAUGUCAAACCUGACUUUGCAACUGACCGACGCGGUGCUCCGUAUGAACAUUGUCGGCGGCACAGGAGAUUUGUUCGUCUAUAUCGCUAUUCUUCCUUUGUUAUUGCUAAAUUUUCCUCAUCCAAGCUUCCGAAAAGGAAGGCUCAUACCUGCUCGUGUUACCCGGGAUCAGGUCUCUCGGCCAAAAUACUGUUCGGCGGGUGUCUUUCUGAUGCGGCCUCGAGAACAGAUUCAAUUUUCGACCGUUCGGAGGUGGCUCAUCUUCAUCGUUACAAUGUGUACCAUCUCCUCUAUUGUGAAUCCAGGUUCGUUUAGGCAAAGUAAGCUGAGGAUCCAAAGCCCAAAGCUUACUCUAGCGAUGACUCAUUUGGAUUGGCCACGACUUGUCAGGCCAGUUGAACGGAUUAGCCUAGUACAACCUAGGAUGGUUGAAUUGUCCAUCAUGUUUUUGCUAGUGGUAAAGGCCGUAUCGGAAGAUCUCGCGGUUCCUGAGAGGAAGGUCGGUUUUGCAAGCAACUGUAACCACGUACAGCAACCUUCACUUCUCAUCCCUCAUAGCAUCGAACGGUCCCGUACUAACAUCUCAUAUCCCUAUCGACACAUUUCGAUAGAGCUGUCCAAACCUCACCGUUUUCCUAGCCUUCAGACUGAUAAGGCGAAAUUGCGAAUGAGAGGUGGUGAUUUGGAGUACUAA